AAAAACAAACUCCUCCCACCUUUUUCCCUCCUCUCUCUCAAAUCCUCCACUCACUCUCUUUCUCACCGACCAAAUGAGCCUACUCCAAUAGAAAAGCACCACCAAAUCUCCAGAGCCACCGCAAAAUGCAAGACAUGUUCGGAUCAGUCCGCCGAUCACUCGUCUUCCGGCCACCGGACACCGACGACUCCCCGGUAACCCUAGUCGACAAGAUCACCGCCUCCAUUCGGAAAUCCAGAGUCUUCUCCAAACCCUCGCCCCCGCCGCCGUCUGCACCUAAAGACGCCGCGCCUCCGAUCCGAUGGCGCAAGGGCGAGUUGAUCGGCUGCGGCGCCUUCGGCCGCGUCUACAUGGGCAUGAAUCUCGGCUCCGGCGAGCUCCUCGCCGUUAAGCAGGUUCUUAUCGCGAUUACAAGUGCAUCCAAGGAGAAAGCUCAGGCUCACAUAAAGGAGCUUGAGGAAGAAGUGAAGCUUCUAAAAAAUCUGUCUCAUCCAAACAUUGUUAGAUAUUUGGGUACAGUGAGGGAGGAGGAUACCUUGAACAUUCUGUUGGAGUUUGUCCCGGGUGGAUCCAUAUCAUCACUGCUGGGGAAAUUUGGAUCUUUCCCUGAAGCUGUAAUGAGAACAUACACCAAGCAGUUGUUGUUGGGACUAGAAUAUUUACACAAAAAUGGGAUAAUGCACAGGGACAUUAAGGGAGCAAAUAUCCUUGUCGAUAAUAAAGGAUGCAUUAAGCUUGCAGAUUUUGGUGCAUCCAAACAGGACGUGGAGCUGGCAACCAUUUCUGGUGCUAAGUCUAUGAAGGGUACACCAUACUGGAUGGCUCCUGAAGUUAUUCGUCAGACUGGUCAUAGCUUCUCUGCUGAUAUAUGGAGCGUUGGAUGUACUGUGAUUGAGAUGGCCACUGGAAAGCCUCCUUGGAGCGAACAAUACCAAGAGGUUGCUGCUCUCUUCCAUAUAGGGACAACAAAGUCUCAUCCACCAAUCCCUGAGCAUAUUUCCGUCGAGGCGAAAGACUUUCUGUUAAAAUGUCUGCAAAAGGAGCCAAAUUUGAGGCCAACGGCAUCUGAGUUGCUUCAGCAUCCAUUUGUGAGUGGGCAACCCAUGGAAUCUCAUACUUCUUUGCGUCCUUCUAUCAUGGUUGAUUCAGGGAUCCCUUCUCCAUCAUUUUCUUCAAACCUACAGACCUUUGAGAUGUCAACAUGCCGAGAUUCAUCUGAAAUGUGUAAUAUGGAUAGUUUGCACUGCUCAACCAUACAUCAUGACAAGGUGUUGGAAAGUACACACGUUUGGGGAAGGGACAGUGAUGAUGACAUGUGUAGGAUUGAUGACAAAGAUGAUCUUACGAUCGGGGAAGGAAUUCUCAAUUCUACUUAUAUGCCUGAUGACCUUAAGAGCUUCAACCCAAUGUGCGAGCCCACUGAUGAUAUGGGGUGCCAAUUUUACCGAAGUUCAGAAACUGAACAAAAUGGAAUGAAUCUGGAUACUAGCCACCAAACUGAUGAUCCUGCUGGCUGUUCUGGAGCAAUUGGUGCAUUUUCAUCUCCUUGUGGACGAUCUCUGUCAGAGGAUGAUGAAGAACUUACUGAAUCAAAAAUUACUGCAUUUUUGGAUGAAAAGGCUCUGGAACUGAAGAAACUGCAAACACCUCUGUAUGAAGAGUUUUACAACAGCAUGAAUGUAGUGUGCUCUCCGAGUUUUGUGGAUAGCUCACCCGAUGAAACUACUUCUAAGUACUUGAAAUUACCUCCUAAAAGCAGAUCACCCAUACGGAGUCCAAUUGGCACUCCAUCUAUAGUAGCUGAUGCAGUAUGUAGUGUAAGCCCUGGGAGUAGUGGUAGGCGUGUAUCAAAUAUUGGUAACGCGAGCGAUAAAAACUUAAAGGACAUGUCACCACCUCCUCACACUGAUUGGAAAGGGUUUGGAGUUGAUGCUCAGCAAGAGCCAGGCAGCCCAAGUAUGGGCUAUUCCGAGAGACAAAGGAAGUGGAAAGAAGAGCUUGAUCAUGAGCUAGAGAGAAAGCGAGAGAUGAUGCGCCAAGCAGGUGUAUCACCAAAGGAUCGAGCUUUAAAUAAGCAAAGAGAGAGGACAAGGUUUGCAUCUCCAGGCAAAUGAUCUAAACGUACUGAUGAGAAUAUAGUUGCAUUUUCCCAUCGGAAGUUUAUCAAAAUUGGUCUUUGGUGAAACUGGUCCACAUGGAAACUGCGGCGUGCAACAUGUCACGCUAUUCAAUUUCUCAUUGUGUGACCUAUGAUUGUGCCAAUGUAUGUUCUAAUAAAGGCCAAGCUCGUGUAAGCAGGUUUGUAUAAAGCAUUUUCUUCAAGAUAAAUGGUGAUUUCUGUCUUUCUGAUGUGUGGAUAUGAUACAUGGUUUUGUUGGUUUUAUCUUCUUUGGAUCUUGGCCGAGUUCCUGGUAUCCAGUCCAUAGAAAUUGUACGAUCAAUGUAUUAAGCUUCAUCACAUCAGUCUUAUGGCACAGUAUAGUAUAAGACUCAUGCCAGUUUUGAUGUGCAUUUUGAUUAUAA